AUGUUCCUUGGAGAUAUCGAAGUGUGGCGGACAAGCACUGCCGAGCCCACCGCUUCGGGCAUUGUCUUCAGAUAUGAGAAAGAUCUGAGCAUGUAUUUGAGUCUGUGGAAGUCGCCUCAGCAGUUGAUCUUUAGCUUGAACAAUGUCUAUGAUUCGACUUAUACUGGAGCUUUCAACACUACUCUCACGGCGACAUUCUCGUAUAACUCGCCCAAGCCAGCUCAUGCCGACCUUAUUCUGCCCAUCACGCCUCAACUAGGCUCUACUGGUCAACCGAGUAUCUUUACCUUGCCAGGCGAUAGUGCAACAGUUCAGCAGACACUUCCUCGAAACACAACCCACGCGACUGUGUCCAUAGCCGCUACUGGUCAAAGCAAUGAAGAGUUUUGGUACACCAACGUCCUCCAGUCCGACAUUCAUAGCUUUGAGCCCACCGUCGGGACGCUAUUUGGAUACGGCCCUUUCCGUGAGGUUCAGUUGUUUAUCGACGACAUCAUGGCAGGAGUAGCGUGGCCAUUUCCCAUCAUUUUCACCGGCGGUAUCGCUCCAGGCUUCUGGCGUCCUGUCGUUGGGAUAGAUGCUUACGACUUGCGGGAAUAUGAAAUCGACAUUACGCCCUUCUUGCCAUACCUCCUUGACGGNAGCCCCCACUCCUUCAGCAUCAGAGUUGUAGGCAUGGAUGAUAACGGAGGCAAUGGACCAGCCACGCUUUCCUCAAGCAGUAUAAACAGCUACUGGUUAGUUUCUGGCAAAAUCUUCCUCUUCGAAGGUGACGAAGACUACAAUGGCACCUAUACCGCGCCCAUCAUCUCCACUUCGCCGAUUCUGCAAACCACAUCCAAUCUAGUCAGCACAAGCAACGGCACAAAUACAACACUAUCCUACACCAUCUCUGCCAAACGCAGUUUUUCCGCAACCUCACCUUUCGGCACCUGGACCCAAAGCCUCUCCUACACCAAUAACGGAUACCUCGGAAACAGCGGUCUAGUAUCCUCCAACAUUCAGUCCACAAAAGGCACUCAAGCCGCAAUCCUCCCUUCAGCACCAGACUUUUCAACCACAACCAGUUUCUCCUACCCCAUAACUGCAAAUUUGUCCUACGCAUCUACAAACUUUUCUACAUUCGAUGCGUUUGUGGAUUAUGGGUUGCAAAUCUCAUCGAAGGGUAGGCCAGAUGUGUCGACGUAUACAUUGGCUAGUGGGCCUGUGGAUUUGAGUGCUAGACAAAUGGGUAAUGCAUACUAUUCAAAUGUGGCGAAUCAUAGCUAUUCGUAUGGAGUUAUGGAUAGGAGGUUCGCAGAGGACAGCUAUGGGACGAGCUACUCGAGGCAUGUGAAGACUAAUAACUUGACGAUCACUUAUGAUUCGGCGAGUUGA